AUGGAUGAAUCUCUUCUUCGUGUGAAAGUCACUCGAUUACUUCGUAGUAAUGAAUAUGUACUCGGAACAAGUUUCUCUCAUCUAGUUGGUGAUGCUGCUUCAAAUAUUCAUUUUCUUAAUGAUCUUAGUCGGCUCUAUCAAGGUUUAGAACCUCUUCUACCUCGUCCUCUGUUUGAUAGAGAUUUGUGGACUAAAGAUGAUGCUGAUGUCUCUCUCUUAUCCAACUUAAAACCAUAUCGAAAUACCGACAAACGUGAGAUAGUUGUAAGUAGUAUUGCUAGAGAUCAAGCAACGACUGAUCAACUUAAUAUAUCGUUUUCUUCGAUGCAACUUACGAAAUUACAUAGCUGUGCUAGUGGUAAAGAUGAAGUAACAGUUCAUGAUGUACUUAAUGCUUAUAUGAUUGUCACUAUGAACAGAAAUUCGAUACAGAUAUCAAACGAAUAUUUUCAACGUGCUUAUAUUCUUGUUAAUUAUCGAGAUAUACUACAUUCAAUAGCUCCGGCUGGUCAUGUAGCCAAUUCAUUUGUAAUAAUGCUAACUUCAGAUUUUUCAAAUCCAUUCUCGUUGAUUUCUAUUGCUAAGACAAUUCGACAAGCGAUUAAUAAAUGUCGUAAUGAAGUUUUUCUUAUGAAAUGGAUACCAACAGUUGAUCUAAUGAUGAGACAAAUUAUUAAAGAUGAUGAAUUAAUUUGUGUAUGGGAUACAAAUGAAGUUGUAAUUAAUUCUAAUUUUAAAUAUGAUUGGUCGAAUCAAGUUGAUUUCGGUAUGAUAAAUCAAUGUCGAUUUCAUACAAUGACAUCCUUAAAAUCUUAUUUUCGUAUUUUUCGAUUAAAUCCUAUCAAAAACAAAGAAGGUCAUUGGAUAAAAGAUCAUGAUGGUGCUGAAGUAUCUUUUCGAAUUCAAAAAGAUGAUAUGAAAAAUAAAUUUUUGGAAACAUACCGAAAAGAUAUCGAAACAAAUUUUAUCAAUGUCGAAUAA